AUUUCGAAAACAGUGAAACGAACGUUACCCGUGAAGACUUCUUGAUAAGAAGACUUAAGUGCCAUUCGUAACAAGUUUACCACACGCAGUGAUAUUUAGUUAUAUGUUAGUGAUAGUGCGUAUCGUGAUAUAGUCAUAUACUUAAUUUAGGUGCUAACUGCUACCGGUAAUUUUAGUGCAAAAACGUUACCAAAAAGAUACGAAACUGGCUCCAUACAAGGAUAUAAUGAAUUCUACGAGCAUGAGCUCCACGGUGCCGACAAUCAAGUGCGAGGACACGUCGCCGUCGCCGGCGGCGGCCGUGGCCACGGACGGUGACACCGCCAGUACCUACAACCUCAGCGUCAACGUCAACCUCAGCGCCGCCAUGAUCAAUAUGCUGACGGCUGAAACCGCUGGCCCCACUACCCUAAGAACACCCGAAAUUGUCAACGAUGUCAUCACCAUGACCAACCCUUUGGACCAGUUCAACUACGACAAAAAUUCCAGUUUCAAGAGUGGCAGCGGAAAUGACUCCAACUCCUCCAUGUCAAACGGUUCGUCAGCUACUUCACCAGCUUCAAGCACUCCGCCGAGUAUACAAAAGACGUGUUCGGAACUAAUAAAGGCUGGUCUGAAGUUGUCGAUAGAGUCAAAACGGAAGAUGUCUGGCAGUGACACGGACGUUGGCAUGAAGCGGAUGAAGAAGGAGGAGAGCGACGAUGACUACGACAGUAGCCACACACUCACCAACAAGUCUGAUGGGCUCACACCAGAGGACGAGGAGCGUAGGCGGCGUAGAAGAGAACGAAAUAAGAUAGCUGCAACAAAAUGUCGGAUGAAGAAACGAGAGAGGACGGUCAACCUGGUCACCGAGAGCGAGGUGUUGGAGAAUCAGAACAUAGACCUUAAGGCCCAACUUAAGGACUUGGAAGUUCAAAAGCGUCGGUUGGUGGAUAUGUUGACGAUCCACGCAGCGUCGUGUGUGAAGUCAAACAAUUCCAACACGAGGCAGUCUCCAACAACGCCGUACAACAUGAUCGGCCCCUACGACUCACCGACAACAUUCCCAGUGUCGUUCGACGCGCACUCGCCCUACAUCCGACCAGAGUCGGCCAAUAUACUCACGUCCAGCUAUACAUGUGUCACCCCACUCAACGGGGACUCUUCUAUCGACACCAUAUCGUCCUUAGAUACCAUCUACGUAGCGCCUCAGCUAACAGACCCCGAAUACAAUCGACCCGACAGUGUUCUCAGUCUGCCACCAGCUUCGGAACGCAGUUAUGUCACCACAGACGGCUACCUCCCCAAGUCUACGAAUCUUCUCGUCCCGAUCGACUCGGAACAGGAUUAUUACGAUCCCGAGGCGAAUUACAACCUGGGGAACCAACAGUGCCACACAUACCCUAAUACGAUCCCCGAAGCGUCAAGCAAACUCAAUAACGGCCUUAAUGAUGGAUGCCUCGUGUAGUUAGGAUCAUCCACGUUAUCAGUAACCAUUUUUUGUCGGGUCCAAAUUUAUUUUCGACAUGUAUACGUAUAAUUUAAGCAUUGGAGUUAUUAAAAUUCGAAAUAGAGUGUCACCGUUUAUAAUAAUUCCACACGAUUUUCCAGACAUAGCUUAUAUCUACAAUUUACAUGUUACAUAAACACUUCCUCUUUUGAAUUUUUGUUACAUAAAAAAAACUUAUUUUUCAAUUCGGUGGCAAAGUUUUUUGAGAAUUAUUUUUGUAAUGUUUUGUAAAUUAUCAGAAUAACCAUUUUAAAACAUUAGAUAUACAUCUACUUCCGUCAAAUCACUUUUUGUAAUAACUAUACACAACAGUUGUGAUAAAACAUUAAAAACCUUUUUGUAUUUCAUAAUAAAGCUUCAUAAAGUGCCAGAAAAAACGACAAAGGGCGGGGAAAUUUAUUUCGAAACGAAAUCAUAUGUCUACUGUGUAGAACAACAACGUAGAGAUAGUUUGGUGCCUGUAUAACGUAGCUAGUAUGUAUGAAUAAGAGAUGGGGUGACAUUUACAGUCCGGAACGACCAUGAACUAUGAAAAACAUUAUUUAAUAGAUGAAAAUACAAAAAUUACCAUUCUACAGCACUUCAAAAAACAAAAACAAUAUUCAAAUUAAACGUUACUCUUUUCUUUUAUGUGUUGUGAACUAGAACUCCCAAUUCGAUUGUAAUUAUGACUACGUUAACACGAAGCAGUAACUGUGUAACAGUUAUUUAGGUAGGUAUUUCACAUAAUAUUUUAUUUUAUCUAAGUGUCUAAUUCUAACAAUUACCAUUCGUUUUAAUUUUUUUUAAGUUCUAUGAUUUUGCUUUGAUCUGUUUAAGAUAUAUUUUUUUAUUAAGAUCUGAUUUAAACGGUGCAAUGUUGAGAACGUUUUAGUAUUACCAUUGGUGUCUAGUCCACAUCGGUAACUCGAAAAUAUAAAUGAAUGAAAGUCCCAAAUACAUCACAAUACAUAGCCUUUAACUUCCAGUACAAUGAUAGAUAUAGUAAUACAGUACCUCCUGUUGAAAUUCCAAAAUUAUAUAUUUUUUGUUACAGAAGUAUAUUCACAGAUUAUAAUGAGAUAAAAUAUAUUCCACAUAUAUACAUGUGUUACAAUUCGUGUAAGGUAAUAUUAGUUUUAAGGUGCUUUAACUCAGAGUAAGUCGUGAUAUACCUAAUAUUAUUGUUAAGUGCAACAAGCGUUACUUGUUACGAACGAUAAUCAAUUAAUAUUAAGAACUUGACAUUUCUAUAAUUAAGAUUGUACACGUAACGAAUUGUAUGUGCACACAAAGCCACAUGACGAAUUCUACCAUUUGUCACUUGUCAUUGUCAUGCGACUAAAAACCUUAUUGUAUAUUACACAAAGACAAAAUUAAUAAAAAAAUAAAACGUCGCAUAUGACUUUGAUGAAUGGACUAAAUGUAUUUUAACGUACGUAAGUCGCUUAAAGUGUUCACAAAAACACCAUUGUAAAGUGCCUCUGUAUCUGUAUAUUAAUUUCGGUCUAAAGCCAUUUUGUUUUCUGUUGAUAUUUUUAUAUGGAGUUAGUAGUUUACUGUAAGUACUGAGUAGAUGUUUGGGCGGAAAGGUGAAAAUGGAAAAUUAUCCUAGUGACUUUGGAAAUGGGCGUGGUCGUUUGCGCAAUAACCGGAGUUGUACUAUUGCGCAACUGUGUAAUACCGCGCCUGUUCCAAGCAGGUGUGUUGUGAAGCCCAGACAGUUAUGCAGACCUAUACAAAGACAGUGCCUUCUGCAUACCAGUGAUCCUAGUCCAUGUGGCUGCUUUACUGAGCAGUCAGUCGCGCGAGCAUUUAUUUUUAUAUUGUUGGUAAUAUUGUGAUAGCAAGAAAAAAUAUAUUUAUUAACACAGAGCACAAUUAGAACUAAACGUUCAUUGUUAUAUCUUGUCUAACAAGAAGUUCAAGUCUCCAGGAUGGUAGUUUCUAGGCCGUUAUUAUGCGAAACGUAAUGGACUUCCCUUAGAUUUGUAGUUUUCUCUACUUCAUUAUAUUUGGUCAAUGUUUAUGAAUUCUGAUUGUUUGAAAGUUUGUAGUAUUUAUUCGCUUUUGUAGUGUGAUGGUACCGUCGUAGUAAUCUUGUGUAUAAGAUUAACUUUAGAAGGUAUAGUUUAGUGUUUCCGGAAGGUCUAUUCGUUGUCACGUUGGAGAUGGUCAGUAAUUUAUUACAUCGCAGAACAAGAAUGGUUCCUGACACCAAAAUAAUGAUGACUUUAUACGAAACGUCAGUAUUUGAAACCAGUUUCCUAGAUAUCAAAUAUCCACUUUUAGAAGUUUACUAAUGACUGAAUAAUUAGUUGUAUUACCAUUACAGGUUCCAUUCUCUUCCGCUGCAUGUAAUAAUGUUAUCUGACCAAUGUGUGACGUCAUCUUCUACUUAAUUUAUCUGUAUCUCUGCUGGCCCUCGCGGACAGUUGUGAUAGUACAUUACUAUUGCAUAACAUUUGGUUGUAAGUUAUAUGACGACUAGUAUUACAUUUGUUUAACGAUUUAUUGUUGUUACAAAAUAAGAUUUAACUUUAUAAUUUAUAUAUGAGUAUUCGAAUCAAUUUUUAUAAUAAUCUGUUGUUAUAUCUUGCUAUUUAAGUCUGCUAUGUACUAAUGCUUUGAUAUUCGAGUCCUUUUAAAUUUUUUCUAUAGAUUUACAAAAUAAUUUGAACACUCAUAAUUAUUCGUUAAAAAUAAAAUUUUAAUUAAGUCACAAAGUGAUUAAAAUGUAAUCAUAAUUGUACCAUAAUCAUGUAAGAACCGUUGUUUGUUAUAAUAUCAAAAAAAUAAUAAUUUGUAUUAGGUUUUGUAAGUGUUGUAAACAUCACUUGUACCUGCUUCAUGAAUAUAAAUAUUUUAACAGUCAAAGCAAAAUUAUUGCGCUUAUAUAUUGAAGAAUAAAUCAUUAUAUUGCAUACAAA